AUGAACACUGACCCGCUGACCGGGCGCCCGCUCCCCGCGACGGCCAUCCAGCGCAUCCUGCACCUCGCCCCCAAAGUCCACAUCUACCAGAUCCCGCCCGCGACAUCGACAAAAGGCUACGCCGCCGCCUCGUGGACCGCCAACCCCGCCUCGCAGAUCUUCACGGCCCGCCUGCGCGUCGUCGAGACCAGCAUCCCCUCGGAGCCGCCCGCCCAGGACGAAGAGCGCGUGACGACGACGCUGCUGCUCGAGGAUCCCAAGACGGGCGACCUCUUCGCCGCCGCCCCCUACACCAGCGAGCGCACCGUCGAGCAGGCCCUGGACAGCAGCCGCUUCUUCGCCAUCACCGUCAUGGGCGAGGGGCGCAAGGCCGUGCUGGGCAUGGGCUUCGAGGAGCGCUCCGAGGCGUUCGACUUUAGCAUCGCGCUGCAGGAUGCGCGCCGCGUGCUGGGCUUCGAGCCCAAGACGACCUCGCGGGCGCAGCAGCUGGUCGAGGAGCCCAAGCGCGACUUCAGCCUCAAGAAGGGCGAGACGAUAUCGAUAAAUCUGGGCGGACUCAAGGGGAGAAGGACGCGCGUCGAGGGCGAGCGCAGCCCAGAGGUGCAGAAGAGCGAGCAGGAUGCCCUGUUCAGCAUCAAGCCGCCGCCGGGGAGUGGGGGAGGAGGGGGAGGGGGCGUGGGCUUCUUGCCGGCGCCGCCCAGUGCGAAGAGCGUCAAGGACGAGCGGAGGAGGAGUCGGCAGAGCUUCGAGCCGGCCCACUUGAACCCCACGCCGGAGGAUCUGGGCUUCGACGACGGCGAGUUUGGCGAGUUUCAAUAG